AUAUUAUAAUAGUGAAAAUAAAUGUUGGCAAUUAGUUCAAUAAUCCUGGAUGAAAAUCUAAAUCAUCUUUCCGUAGUGAAAGCAGACGAUUUUUCUCUAGUUUAGAAACGUGUUUGAUCGGUUUUUGUGAAGUGAGAGGAUGCAAGUUAUUGGGGUUGAUGGUCGUGUUGUUGGUUAUUUUUUUUGUUUCCUAAUACUCCAAGCAAAACUAACGAACUCGAGAACUUCUUGGAGGCUCAGUGCUGACAAAGUCGUCAAGACAACAGAUUUCGUGAGCACGGUUGAGGAUGAUCCUAUUUUCGAUAUCCUGGCAAGCAGCAUUAGUGUCGGAAAUGGACAAAGUUGGAGUAGAACAGCUAUUUCUGAGAAAUACGAAAAGAUACAGCCUUAUUGUCAAGAUUGCAAAAGUGUUACUUCUGGGACUCACGAACGACGAUUCUCGUCAUACGUGUUGAAGGAUACACCAAACGCCACUGAAUCUUUCCCUCUAUCAUCUCAAGUGUCAAAUGAGCAAGUCAUGUGUACUUCUGGCCAACAAUGUGAGGAUAUAAUCCUGGAUUGUGGAAAACCUGUCAAUUUUACUUAUUAUGACAACUUGCUCGGUGUUGCAAAUAGAGAUAAACAUCCACUGGUUCCAGAACCUAAUGUAGCACUCAUGUUUAAGAAGAAUGGUGGCAAAACUAUGGAUGUUGACAUUGAUUUGUUAGAGAAACGUUUAAUAAAAGCAAAACGGGAGAAACCAAAGUCUGUUCAACUUUACAAUCAAAUAGGAAAUUUUUGGCGCAUAAAGGGUGAUGCACAAAGAUCAAUUGAAUGCUUUCGCAGAGCACUUGCUGUAUCACCACAUAAUGCAGAAGUUUUGUUAAAUUUAGCUAGAGUAUUAUUAGUUCAACAAUAUUUGGAUGAUGCAACAUAUUUAGCAAGACGUUCUUUGGAAUUACAACCUCCAGAUCGUAAUGCUUGGGAACAAUAUCUUACGCUUGGUCAAAUAUUCAAGGCAUAUGGCCAUUAUCAAGAAGCAGCUGUACAUUUACGACAUGCUCUAGAAUUAAAACCAGAUCUCUCUGAAGCAGCAGAAGCUUUAAGAGAGGUGGAAUCACUUCCGGCUGCAAGCAUACAUAUCUAUACAUUACUGAUAAUUAUAUGUCUGGUACUUGGAGUACUAUUAGUAGUUUUAAGCAGUGUAGAAUGUGAUGAAGAUUCUAGUCUAGUUAAUGGACAACUUCAACGUCCAGUUCAACGUCAUUUUAGUCGCGCUAUGGCUAUGCGCAGUUUACGGCUUAAUGUUGCCCGUAAUAAACGUUGUUGAUUAUUUGCUAAAAAAAUGAAAAACUUUGUGAUAGAAUAAAAUUUUCAGCUAUUGUUAUUAUUUAUCUAACUAUGAAAUAUUAUUUGUAAUAUAAUUUUUAUGAUUAUGCAAUUUAUUAUAAUUAUAAAUGAAAAUAUACAAUAACAAACAACACCAUUUUCCAUUUACUUUACAAAAAGAAAAAUAGCGUUAAUGAUAACAUAUUUGAAUGCAAACGUCUUAGAUGUGUGUACUAUGUACACACACGUGCGCAAGUGAUUCAUUAUAGUACUUUGGAAUGUCAUUUACGGAAUUAUAAGAUAUUUUUGUGAUUAUGUUAAAUAUUAACAUAGAUAUUAUUAACAAUAUUACUUAACAUCAUUUACAAUAUACAGUAAUAUUAGAAUAUAAGUAAUCACUUUAUGUACCUACUCACAAGAUCUAAUGAACUUUUUUUUUAUAUC